CCCGGCUAUGGAUAUCCUUUGGAAUGGAUGCCUGCCAAGAAGGAUCAUUUUCCCGUCACCAUUACCAACGAGGGCCGUGACUGGACUGCCAAGGCGUUGCUAAUUCGAGAGCUAUGUAUGCUCAAGGUCGUUGACGAGAUAACCAAAAAGUCGGACUGGUCGAACAAUGUUCGCAAAGCCCACAUCGAAAACAGCUGGAGACAGGAGAUUCUAGCGCUUGACUGGAGCAAGUACAUGAAGCAUGCUGAUUUUACUCCUAAUAUGGCUGGAAUGUGUAUCACGGAGCUCAAGCUCAAAGCAGACCUAUAUGACAAGACAGGACUCAUCCCUGUCUUCGAUUACUCCGCUUGUGUCAUCAAAUCCGACAUGGUCGUAUCCGAUGGACUCAAAAAGGCAUUCGCCGGUAUUGCGACAGAGCUCAAACAUGUUAAGCGCUACAAGUGCUUAUACAAUGGUGGUCUCCUAAUUCGCCAAGCUCACACCUCUCUGUGCCCUUUAGUAUAUGGUCGAUCUCGGAUUCUCCCUAAUAGGACCAUUAAGCGCCACAACUGCCUGGAAGCUUGCGGCGAAGGGGACAUUCUCUCAAGACCUCGCAACACAGGUAUGGAUGCAGAAUACCGAUUUCGCUUAUAUGAUGACACCUAUCAGUGGCUUCCUUUUGAUGUCACCAUAAGCAAGCAAGGAAACGCCAGAAUAGACAGCUAUAUCAACAACUUGCAUCCUGUCAAGGACAAAAAGCUGUAUUCGAUUAUCUCAAAGGCCAUUAAUCACGCUUUACCAGCAUGGGACAUUGUGUAUAGAUGGCCUCAGCAAUUUUCUUUUCAGAGAAUACUGGGCGCAAAACUUGUGACCAAAUGCGAAGCUCGUCGUACAUGCCGCAACAGAGACUGCAGGUCUUCCAACUUAUCUGUAGAAGCCAGUGAGCGGAUUCCAAUCAUCUGUAUGCGAACUCUUCGUUUCGUUUCUAAAUGGUUCAUUGAGAAGCACCCAAUCCAGCUCCCCGAGCCAAACUUCACAGAUGGCCAGUCUUUCCGUCUCCGUCCAUCCGACGUUAAAUCAUCUGGCUUUUUCUCGCCUCAAACUAAACGGAUUCAGGUAAUGGUCACAUUUGCUGAGAUCCAGCUCAACCCCGAAAACCCCGAAUACAGGGGCGAUGAAUGGCAAACAGAUGGUCAACUGAACGAACAUAUUGUAUCCACGGCCAUGUUCUGUUAUGACGUUGAAAACAUCACGGAUAGCUAUAUAUACUUUGGUGCUGUUGGAGAUGGAGAAAAUUUGGGCCCAGGCCCUUCAUCAAUCCCAGAAGAAGUUGCUUAUAGGGCAUUUGGUAUCUUACCAGAAGAAAGUAACUUCCAAGUUUUAGGUCGCGCCAGAGUUCAUCCCGAUAAUGCCGUCUUCUAUCCAAAUGUCUACAAACAUCGCCACGGGGCCUUUUCCCUUGUCGACCGGACUAAGAAAGGACACCUCAAAUAUUUCAAGCUGUAUCUAGUCGAUCCAGGCAUUCCCAUCAUAUCCACGGCCAACGUGCCUCCUCAACAGUAUGGCUGGUGG